ACUGGACCAAAAUCGCCUUUAAAAUACUUAGGUCGAUAUUUAGUUAUCCACUUUAUAUGGUUAAUUCCCAUUACGUUCUUUGGGUGAUAUUGUGUUACUCUAUUGCUUGAAUCGUUAAGUUCUUGUUACUUCCUUUGUUUUAUCAAGAUGACUCGUCUACGUAUAGUGACUAAUUUGAAUGCUUCUGGUUGGGGUCCUGAUGAAUCUGAUGAUCAGACUGUUGUAUCGUCUCUUGGUAGUUUAAGCAAGCUUCCACUGGAGCCUCGUUUGAAAUUUGACCGACAGCUUCGCGUUUGUGAUUUUACCUAUUUUACUUAUCAGAAGAAUAUUCGUGAUGCUGGUCGUUACGGUCGUCAGCCCGUUCCGGUUGUUGUGGACGAGGAGAUGCAAUUUCAGACAGUUGACGGUCGUUCAUUAAUGAAGGCUAAGAAUAUGCAACAUUACCGUCGUAAGGCUGUUCCUAAGCAGACUACUCAAGCUUUUAACCAGAAGCAGAUGGAAGAGGAGGCUAUGAUAAUGUCGGCCAAGCAGAAGCACCCUGAGAUGCGCAAGCAGCGUAUGAUGCAUUCUCGUGGCAAUCGUCCCACUGCUCGUCACCACACAUUCAAUGAGUGGAGCAUUGAACCAUCUCACAGUUGGCAUCUGCUAUCUGACAUUCCAUUUAGUCAGUUGUCUAAGGUUGACCUUCCGGGUAAGGUCGUUGGUACAGAUGUAACUUGGCGUGGUAAAUUGGGUGUCUACGACAAGCGCAUGGACCACAUUUCUGCCAAGUCUGAGGUUCCACUUCAGAAUCUGAAUGAUCAAUUCGAUUAUUACUGGACUUCCACUAAUGACGACGACUGCAUAAUGGACUAUUUGUUGUCUACUCAGCGUCAGGAGUCUGCCGACGCUGGUGAUCACAUUAUUUUGGGUGCUACUGACCAGAUUCUUGCCGUUUUGAUGACUGCCGCUCGUUCUAAGUACAGUUGGCAUUUGAAUGUGACUAAGAUUGACAACAAGAUCAUUAUUGACAAGGCCAACGGAUCGAUUAUUGACAUGCUGACUGUGAAUGAAACAUCUCCGGAGCCACCUCUGCCAGAUGCUGAGAUUAAGAUAAACCGUCCUCCAGCACUGGGUUAUGAGGCUGUUAAGGUUAACCAAUGUUUACGUCAACAGGUUCUUGUUUCAGGUCAAUUUAGUGAUGAGUUUGAGCUUCCUCCAUUUGUUGAGGAGGGUGACAACCCAUCUACCAUGGCUUAUCGUUACCGUACUUUUAUGGUUCCUGGUGACAACCAUGGCCACGGGUGGUCUCGCGUUCCAAUUCACGUGAUCACUCGUGGUGAGGUUCACGCUCGUAUUCCUGGUGUUUCCAAUGGUGGUUACACUUAUGUCUGUGCUUUGAACGAGCUUCCUCACAAGACUCAGAAGUCCUGGCGCAUUCAGAUUGAGACUCAGAAGGGUGCUCUUUUGGCGAAUGAGAUGCGUAACAACACUGCUAAGAUGCAGCGUUUUGCGGCUUGUGCUAUUAUUAGUGGUUGUGACACAUUGAAAUUGGCGUAUGUUUCAAGGCGUAGUCCUGGUGACGCGGAGCAUCACUCGAUCAUCGGCAUACACACUUACACUACGGAGAAUUUGGCUGUUCAGAUGGGUUUGAAUAUGCGCAACGCAUGGGCUGUGGUUCGUCAUAUUUGCGCCUUGAUUAUGGACCGUCCUGAUGGUCAGUACAUCCUUGUGAAGGACCCCUUGAAGGCUAACAUUCGUUUUUACGCUGCUCCUGAGGAGGAAGAUGUGGAAUACCCGUCUAAAGAAUGAUUGUGUAUUACCCCUUUGGACUUGCGUUCAAUUUUAUUGAUCUCU